CACUGGUUGAGUUGACGGUUUGAUUUCGAUGUCGGAACGCCGCCACACAUACACACAUCCGUCUCGCUUGAUGCAUCGUCAUCCCACACACAGCACAGCGCCUCAAUGUGCGCAUCGAACAAUAUACUUACUGGCCUCGCCUCGCGCCUUCCGCGAGAGCAACACAGCACUCACACCCACGACCCAAAAAUCAUGCCCUCGCAGAACAUCCUUAGGACGGACAACCUGCAACCACCCUUCUCAUAAGACAGACCGUCAUGGAAAGUAUGGCGCCCUCGACGUCUCCCCGCCCCCACCAGCACCCCCGCUCUCAUCCGUUUCCCUCACCCCCUCCGGUCUCCUCUCGCCAUCAGACUUUGUCCUGACUCGCUGGUAGAUAUUGAAGGCCACAUCGGGGUCGCUGUCUGGCUGUGGAGGCAGCUUCUCGAUCCACAAGUCGCCGUCAAAGUAAUCCAUCGACAGCUUCUCCUCACCGACGGACGGCAGUGUGGGUAUCGACAGGCCAAAGAAGUUGACUUUGAGGUUGUUCUUCCGCAGCAGCAGUGCCUGCUCGCUGACGAGCUGGUAGUCGCCCCCAUACUGCAGCCGCCAUGUGAAGUUGCGUGCCGUCACGUAGUUCUCGUACCGGCCGUCGUGGUCGAAGACCAGGAAGGCGUCGAGGCCCUGCGGGAAGACAUUGUACCGCACCUCCUCUGUGAAGGCCACCCGCCACGUGCCCUCGAGCAGCGCCCUCCUCUGACUCAUCGAGUCAAUCGUCAUCUCCGUGGCCUCCCCUGCCCCUGCCCCUCCCCGCCCCUCCUUCCAGCCACCCUGAAGGCUCCUCACCGAAGUCAGCUCUCGCGCAUAGCUGACGACUUCGUCGCAUAUGGGUCGUGGGCAGAGCCGUGCCUGGAAGACCUCCUUCUGGUUCAUCUCCCGCAGAGUACACUUGAGCUCCUGCUCGGCGAACCGCAGCUGCCAGUUCAUGUUGGUCUCCGACGCAGGGCUGCCAUCAUCCUCCUGCUGGGGAGGAGAUGAGUCGGGCGGCGGCUCGGUGGAUGACUCAGUUGAAGGCGCUGGUUGGGGUUCCGUCUCAACACGACCAGAUGCAGCACCCAGGCUGACAGAUGGCAGCCGCCGAGAGGUUGCAACAUCUCUCCAUAGAGCGGAUGAGCCUGUGGCAGGUGAUGACAGGCUCCUCUGCCAUCGAUGCAAACCAUGAUGCCGUCGUCGUGCUGUUCUCCUGUGGAAGGGCGUGGGAGAGAUGAGCGCCAGGCGCCUCGAUGCUUGUGACAGGUGUGUCACGUCAUUGCUGUGCGCUAAGGAUGCAGAUGAGGCUGACGAUGGCAAAGAUGAGAGAACCCAGCAGCAUCUCCAUAACAACAGCACUGCGGACGUCCACAGUUGGAGUGCAACAGCCAUCAUUUUCUUUUUUUUGUCACAGAUCUGCCACUUGAUCGUUUUGCUUCGACCGUGCCUUCUGCUCAGACCGGACCACGACGAUGUCCGCUGAGUGUUACGGGGACAUAGCUCAAAGGUAGAGCGUCUGACUCCAG